UGGAGAGACCAUGGGUGCGCUGGGCCGGGUCCUUCUGUGGCUGCAGCUCUGUGCACUGGCCCGGGCUGCCUACAAACUCUGGGUCCCCAACACCGACUUCGACAGCGCCUCGAACUGGAACCAGAACCGGACCCCAUGCUCAGGCGCCUGCAUCGUGUUUCCAGCACACAAGAUGGUGUCUGUGCUGGUGCGGGGGAGUCACAGCGUCUCCGACAUGCUCCUGCCGACGGAUGGAGAACUUGUGCUGGCCCCCGAAGCGGCAUUCAGUGCCUCAGUCACCCCCGGGGACCCGGACUGUAGUCCUGGGGCUCCUGCACUCUUCCGAGACCCCGACCGCUUCUCUUGGCACGACCCGCGCCUGUGGCGCUCCGAGGACACAGCACAGGGCAUCUUCUCCGUGGACGCAGAGCGCGUGCCCUGCCAACAGGAUGACGUCGUCUUCCCCGCGACCAGCUCCUUCCGCGUGGACCUGGGCCCGGGCGCCCGAUCUGUGCACAGCGUGUCGGCCCUGGGCCGGACAUUCACGCGCGUCGACGAUCUGGCCGCCUUCUUGGGGUCCCGCGCCGGCCGCUUGCGCUUCCAAGGGCCAGGCACGCUGCGGGUGGCCCCCGAGGCUUGUGCGGACCCGUCCGGCUGCGUCUGUGGCAACGAGGAGGUGCAGCCCCGGGUCUGUGCAGCCCUGCUCCAGCCCCUGGAUGGCCGCUGUCCCCCGGCCGCCUGCCACGACGCUCUCCGCCCCGAGGGCCAGUGUUGCGACCUGUGCGGAGCCGUGGUCUCGCUGACGCACGGCGCCGCCUUUGACCUCAAGCUGUACCGCCAGCGGCUGCUGCGCACCUUUCUCCGGCCAGAGGACCAGGGGGUGCAGGUGGCCGUCUCCAAGGUGCGGCGCACGCGGCGGACAGGGGAGGCAGCAGGUGCAGGGCCAGACACGGAGAUCCAGGUGGUGCUGGCGGAGACUUGGCCCCAGGCAGGUGGUGCUCGGCGGCUGGCCCGGGCUAUCCUGGCAGACAUCUCGGAGCACGGCGAAGCCCUGGGCAUCCUGUCAGCGACGGCCCGCGAGUCCGGCGCGCCCGUUGAAGGUGGCUCUGCAGGGCAGGAAGGACUUGGACCCCGCGCGGAGGUGGCGGGCGGCGUGGCGGCUGCGGUGCUCUUAGCUGCGGUACUGGCCGGGCUCGUGGUACUGCUGCUGCGCUGGUCGGGGAGGCUCAGGUGGAGAAGGCAUGAGGAGCAGGCCCCUGGGCUGGCUGAGCAGCCCCAUGGCUUCCAAAAUCCAGUGUUCGAUUUGGCGGGCUCUGCGGAGCAGACUGCCACCUCGCAAACUGACGCUGUGAGCUCCAAUUACUUCGUCAACCCACUGUUCUCUGGUGAUGAGGCUGAGGCCUGAGGGAGCCUGGCUCCCCACACUUGCGGCCAGGCUUGGCCAACGAUCUACAGAAAAUUGGCUUCCCCGGAACCCCCUUCCCACCCUCCAGGCGGAGGACAAGAGCUGAGUGACCUUGUUCAAUAAAGGAGUGGCCAAAAGCCA